AAAUAAUCAAAUCCAAAAUUUAAUGGAGAGUAAAGUAUUAGUAGCACCUAAAAAUGAUGCAAAUGAUUCAUUCAAAAUACAAAGCUUCUACAAUUUUGUAAGAUCAAACCCAAAAACAGAUAAAUUCAAAGUAAAAAGAUUUCAUCACAUUGAAUUUUGGUGUGGUGAUGCAACAAACACAAGCCUUUUAUUUUCUUUAGGCCUUGGCAUGCCUAUGCUCGCUAAAUCUGAUCAAUCCACCGGAAACCUUGUCCAUGCCUCCUACGUUUUACGUAGCGGCGAUCUUCAUUUCCUAUUCACUGCUCCUUACUCUUCUUCUUCCUCGCUCUCGACUCCAUCAAUUCCUACGUUUGAUUAUGAGGCUCAUGCCUCGUUUUUAUCCUCUCAUGGGCUUGGUGUUCGAGCUGUGGCUAUUGAGGUGGAGGACGCUAAAUCUGCCUUUGCGGCCAGCGUGGCCACAGGGGCUCGUCCGUCCGCCCCACCUGUCUUGUUAGAAGACGAGCAAACAAUGUUCGCUGAAGUUCAUUUAUUUGGGGACGUAGUCCUUCGAUUAGUUAGCCAUGCACAAAGCGGUGCAACUAAUGAUCAAACAUGUUACUUUUUGCCCAAGUUUUCUCCGACAUUGGAUGAUGGAUCGGUGGCCGAGUUUGGAAUUCAAAGGUUAGAUCAUGCUGCUGGGAGUGUAGCUGAGCUGAAAACUGUGGUGGAAUAUGCAAUGAAGAUAACUGGAUUCCAUGAAUUUGUACCAUUUGCUGCAGAAGAUCUCCAUGGUAAAACAGAGACAGGACUACAAUCAGUGUUUUUAGCUAAUAAUGAUGAAUCAGUAUUCUUCAACUUCAGCGAGCCGGUUUAUGGUACUACCAUGAAGAGCCCCAUCGAGACCUUCCUCGAGCGCAACUCCGGUCCAGGAGUGCACCAUUUAGCUGUCUUAACAGAUGACAUAUUCAAAACCAUAAGAGAGAUGAAGAAGAGAUCAUUGUUUGACUUCAUGCCUCCACCUAAGGAAGACUACUACAAAAACUUAAGGAAAUGGACUAAACAUAUUUUAAGUGAGAAAGAAAUACAAGAAUGUGAGAGUCUAGGCCUUAAAGUGGAUAAUGAUCAUGAAGGUGUUAUUAUUCAAACAUUUACUAAACCUAUUGGAGAUAGACUUUCUAUUUUUAUUGAGGUUAUUCAAAGAAUUGGGUGUAUGGUUCAAGGAGAAGAUGGUAAGCUUCACCAAAAGGGUGGGUGUGGUGGAUUUGGUAAUGGAAAUAAUUUUUCUGAAGUUAUCAAGUCACUGGAGAAAUAUGAAAAAACUCUUCACCUUAAAGUUUAGCACAAAUUAUUAUAUGAGACGAACUCAUUAUACAGAGAUUAAAUAGCUCAACCUAAAUAAAUUAUAAGUGUACAUGUUCUUGUUAUAAAGUCAUUUUAUUAAAAAAAGGUUCUAUGAUUAAAAGAGUAGCUAAAGAUGUUGCAUUAUGGUACAUUUAUCAUCUUGAGCCAAGUUCUAUAAUGUUAGCUCCUACCCAACAAUGGUUUAAG